UAUAGACCAACUUGUUAAUUAGCUAGUCCUUCCAAUAUUAUUUCCAUUAAUUACUUGAUGGCUGAUCAGCCAGAACAAGGAGAUCAUGGCACGUCUGAGGGUCGAAGGAAGGGCACAUCCAGCAGAGGGGGAGGAAAGCGCGCUUCUAUGGAGGCGGCAGUCAGAACGACAACAACAACUAGUAAUGUAGUAGGUUCAGGUAGUGGUGCAGCUCCAUGUGGGGCGUGCAAGUUUUUGAGGAGGAAGUGCAUAAGUGGGUGCAUAUUCGCACCCCAUUUCGGUUCAGACCAAGGAGCUGCACGCUUUGCCGCGGUGCACAAGGUGUUUGGGGCAAGUAAUGUGUCGAAGCUUUUGUUGCACAUUCCCUUGAACCGCCGGCAUGACGCUGUCGUUACCAUCACCUACGAGGCUCAAGCUAGGCUCUCCGACCCGGUUUACGGUUGUGUCUCCACCGUACUUGCUUUGCAACAACAGGUUGCAUCUUUGCAAGCCGAGCUAGCAACGGUGCAAACUCAGCUGAUAAACAGCAGGUUUGCAUUUGCAAAUGCUCUCCAAAUCACCUCGCAGCAGCAGCAACAGAACAUGGCACUAAUGCUACAGCCUGCUUACUCCAACAACACCUCCACCUCCACUAACCUAAUCAACAUGAGCAGCUUGACCUCGAACUUGGACAUCGAUGCGGCGCCAUCUUCACAGAGCUUCAUGGAGCCUCUUCAGCUUUCAAGGCUAUCCCAAGAUGAUGAAGAUGAUGAGGAAGAGAGUCGAGUUCCCCUGUUGUUCGCCAAUAAUCGAUAUUAGUUUAGAAUUUUCUCUUCCUUAUUUUACAUAUCUAAACUUUCUAUAUUUUUCAUGCAAACUCUUCAAAAUUCGCUUGCUAUCAUCUAUAUCGAUCGUUAUAGUGAAACUAUACUCUCUCUUUUUUUUUCCCAAUUCGCCAUAUAUGUCCAAGAGUAAGAUUUUACACCUUUCAUAUAUGUCCAAAAGUUGUCAAUUUCACGAAGGAACAAAUAUUCGAGUAACCAUAAAGCAUAAAUGCAUAUGAUUUCAAACAUCAAGGUCAAUGUGAGAAACUAAAAGUUUGAGAUGCGUAGUAGUUGUUUUUUUUUUUUUUUUUUAGGUUUUGGGAACAAAGAGAUGCGUUCUUAAAACCACUAGAAAUUUGGAGGGUCUGCAAUAUUGUGAACCCUGAAAUCUUUGUGAGAGAAUAUAGCAUAUGAACACAUCUAAAAGUGAAAUGACUUUUGCACACAUUUUUUCUCCUCAUAUACGUCUCUGCUUAUUUUUGUCCCGUGAUUAUUCUUUACUCCAUUUGAUCCAAACAUCAAAAAUAAAAAGAUUUGCUAAGAGAGAAACAAGUGCAUGAAAGUCAUUUGCUUAUCUUAAAAUGGCUAAAAAUAACUAACGGUGCGAAAACAUUAAUCAUAUGGUAAAGUGUCUUCUGAUUAGAAUGGCUAAAUAUCAGUGUUCGUUGUGUGAACUAUUAUUCCGAUGAUCAAGUUAAUUAGCCAUUUAAUUCAAAAAAUAUAUUAACAAGGGUGGUUG